CUAUGUUUUGUUUAAUGUGUCAAAUUGAUUGCGCCUCGCAACCAGCGAUUUGCCAAAGAUGCGGACGAUGGCUAUGGUUGUCCUGUUGGCGCUGGUCUUUAUGUGUGGUGUGGUGUGGCAUUUGGUGACUGAAAGGGAGGAAUUGAUGGAAAAACUGCAAGAAAUGACCGCCUUGAUGUCGGAGGUCCGAGAGAAGUUGGAGAAGUCGGAGGUGAAUCCGGCUCCGCAGGCUCCGGAAACGGCGGCGAAGGAUAUGGAAGUUGAGACUGUGCAAAAGCAGAAGGCAGAGAAGGCAGAGGCCAAGCAACCAGAACAGAGCUGUAAGAGGUUGCAGGAGGACUUUGAUCUCUUUGGCAACGGAUGGAGUGAGGAUGUGGAAGUCUUCCGCAAGGCCCUGGCCGCGGCGGAGCUCCAGUUCAGUGGUGGCAUCGUGCGGAACGUGAAAUGCGCUCAUGGGCACACCUGCAUGGGGAGUGAUCGCAUGUCAGGGAAGAAACACGACUAUAGCACUUGCUAUGUCAAAUUUCUGAAUAAGUGGAGGAAAAUUGUGGAGCAGUCCCCAGAGGCCUUUGUGCCCCUGUUGGUGGCGGAAAUUGGGAUCCUGAAGGGAUCGGGCUUGGCAAUUUGGUCGGACAUCUUUGGUUGCGAUGCUCGGAUCCACGGAUUUGACAUGGUGUUGGACAAUACCAAGGCCAACAUGGAUUACAUGAAACGCCAUGGUGCCUUUGUAAAGAACAACCUGGAGCUACACACCAUCAAUCAGAUGAAUGAUAACACUGCAAUUGUGGAAGCAAUCGCUGCUGGUAAAAGGUUCUCCUUUGUGGUGGAUGAUGGUUAUCAUACCAUGAAGUCCAUUUGGCUGACCUUUGACUCCUUCCGACCUUCGCUGCACCAAUCGGCCUUCCUCUACGUGGUGGAAGACAUCAGUCUGGAUGAGCUUGACGCUGUCAAGAAGUUGUUCAAAGACUAUCACGUCGACGAGUGCUCGGCCGACCAGCGUAUCAUUGCGGUCACGCCGAAGACGCCGAAGACGGGGACUUAGACGCCGA